CCCAUCACGAGACCUGUUCCCCCUCCGCUGCUCGCUCGCUUGCUCGCUCGCUCCGAUCACGAGCAGUGCGCUACGCCUGCACGCACCGCCCGACGCCAGCGCUCCUUGCGUCGCGCAGCAGGCCGCGUCAGCUGCCAGUGUCGAGUUUCCUCAAAAGCCGGCGGUGCAGCCCAGUCCACGGCGCACCCCGCACACCACCAGCAUGGACGACCUCGGCGACGUCGACUCGCCGCUCGCACACGCUGUUGACUACGAGACGUCCGACGAAGAUGAGCCGAUCCCGACGCUGGCGCUUGGCGAGGCGCGCGCCGUGCGCGCCCGCAAGGCCGGCAAGCGCGAGGACCGCAGCAAGAUGAUGGACUAUGCCCGCAGCCUGCCGUACGACUGCGAGACGCUUGAGGAGUUCGACGGCCGUGUCGCUGCCAUCGUGGCGCGCCUCGUCGCGUGUGUGCGAGCCAAGGACUGGGAUGUGGGCUUUGUGCAGUGGAAUCAUAGGCUGCAGUGUCUGCUGUCGCUCAAGUACCCGCUGGAGCGAACAACGCGAGCGCGCCUCGCCCGCAUCUACUUCCACGUCGCCGUGCUGCCUGGCCUCGAGACACGCAUCGUCGAGCUCGCCGCCAACACGUGCAUGGCGCUGAUUGAAUCCAAGAAGCGCAUCAACAAUCACGACCUCGUGCUGCCAUGGCGCCCGCUGCAUGCGCUGCUCGUCAAGGAGCUCUUCCCCAAGAACCGCCGGAGCGACCGCUCGGGCAUCUCCGAGACGCUGCUCGACCUCGCCGAGGUGGCGCAGCGCUUCUUCGACCCUGAUGCGACGGAGGAGAUGCUGCAGACGUUCCUGCCGCGCCUCAAUGGCGCCUCGCUCAGCUCCGUGAUUGCGACGCAGGCGUUCCUCGUGCACUUCCUGCCGCUGUCGCACCCGCAGCGCUGGCUGCCGACGAUGUUCCGCCUGUGGCAGUCCUUCUCGUCGUCGCUCUUCGACGACCAGAUGCUCGACCUGCUCGCUCGCCUGGCCGAGCUGCACGUCGCCGACCCCAGCGCCUCGUCUUCGGCUGCUCGCCGCAAGGUGGCGUGCCAGGCCGACUGGGUCGAGGGCAUUGGCAAGGGCAAGCGCCGCGAGGUAGACGAGACUCGGGCUGCUGAGGACGAGGAGAUCGAGGAGGACUACUCCGGCCUGUGGUCGGACGUCGGCAUCUUCACGUCGGAGCAGUUCGCGCUCAUGAUGACCAAGUGCCUGCGGAGCAUGGGCGUGCCGGUCGGCAGCAGCAAGGCCGCCAGCUCGGCGCUGAUGGGCCAGUCGGUCGGCACCGCGCCGAGCGGCGCCGACGCCGCUGCGUCUGGCCUCACGCUGCAGAUGAAGAAGCCGAGCGACCGGCUGCAUAGCUUCAGCGUCAUCAUCGCAUACUCGAUCAUGCCCGACGGCCCCGUCUCGCCGCCGUCGACCGCCGCACCCACCCCGGGCGUGAGCACGCCAGCGCCGGGCGGCUCCAACGGUGGCCUCGGCGCCGCCUCGCCUGCACAGACCACGUACCUGGCCGGCUCGCGCGCCCUCGACCAGCUGGCAAAGCUCGUGCAGGCCACCGAGACGUCGUACCACCCGUCCAACUGGGGCCUGUGGCAGAUCAACCUCACCAGCUUCGUGUCGAAUCUGACGUGGGAGGUGCUGAAGCGCAGCAAGGAGGAGCAGUCCGACUCGUGCAAGACGCCGCCCGAGCGGCGCCUCACGCCGGCGAUCCUCGGCGAGUUCGUCAAGACGCUGCGCACCGUCACGCUCAUGUCGAUGUUCUCCAAGGACCCGAUGAGCGUCGCCGGCUCGCAGUCGAGUCUGAAGCGCAUGGCGCUCCUCGAGCCAGAUCUGAUCUUCCCAGCGGUGCUGGAGCGCUCGUUCAACAGCCUCGAAGCGCUCGAGACGACCGCACGCACGACGGCCAUCAUUACCGCCCUCUCGACGCUCUCGAUGGGCAUGGUCUCGCGUGAGCUGUGGCGGCCCGGCGGCAAGCACCUGGCGCCGCUGCUGCACGCCACGCUGCUCGGCCUCGACAUCAAUGACCCGCUCAAGAGCAUGAGCAGCUCGCUGUUCAUCCUCAACUCGUGCCUGCUCGUCAAGCUCGACGACCUCACGCGUCCCGAGCUGGUCUCUGCCGCAGAUGACCUUGCGCGGUCGGCGGGCGAGAGCUCGAUGCAAGUCGACUCGCCGUCUGCAGAAGACGGACGCCCGACAGCCGCCGAGGAGGACGAUGCGCUGCGCAUGAGCACGGCCGAGUUGGAAGACUGGAUCGUGACCUUCUUCCGCCGCGUGCUCGCGCUCUUCGAGGCGCUGCCCGAGGAGGGCAAGGGCGGCAGGACCGGCGGCAAGAGCGAGGAGCACGUCGUCAACACGCUGCUUGCCGCGUGCGACACCGUCUGCUCAGCCAUGUCGGGUCACUUCUUCGACCUCACCUUCCGCGUCGUGACGGAGUACUGCGCCACGACCGUCAACGCCACGGCUGUGCGCGUCAUUGGCGCUCUCGUCAGCUGCUUCGCACGUGCCGACUCGGCAAAAGUGCUCAACCGCCUCGUGCCGCUCUGUGCGGAUCAGAUCGAGAGCGAGCUGGCCUCCGGCGCGAGCUCCGAGCGCACGACGAGCACGAGCAUCCCUGUGGCUAGCGACGCCGCUCUGCACUGGCAUCUCAGCAUCCUCAUCGGAGCAGUGGCCAAUGCCGGCACCGCCCUGCUGCCGCACCGCCAGCGCCUGCUGGCUCUGCUGCGCGUCGUCGCGGACAAGACGCAGACCGAGCGCGGCUACUCGUUUGCCGCACGGCUGGUGCAGCGUCUGAUCACCUCGCUCGUCGGCAUCUACCCGGGCGAGCAGCGAGCCUGGAGCCCUGAGCAAUGGGACAGCGCCGAGAUGCAGGCGCGCAGCCACCUGCAGUGGGGCCAGAUGUGCCUCGCCAAGGACGCCAACCUGAGCUGGCACGUGCCGAGCGCCGAGGAGAUCGACUUUGCGCUGGAGAUCCUGGCGCAGGUCGGCGGCAGUGCACUCGACACCGUCGAGCGUCUGCAGCAGCCCGACGCGACGCGGGACAAGGUCUGGUCGAACGACUUCUGCCGCGCCCUCACGCUCGCGCGCAGCUGCUUCAUGAGCGUGGCCAACAUGGCAGAGGAGGACGAGGAGGGCGGCGGAGCAGCGGCAAUGGACUGCGGCGACGAGGUGCCCGAGUUCAUCGCCAUUCCGCCGCGCUUCAAGGCCGGGUUCGUCCUCACUGACCGCGACGACACGCGCUACAAGACCGUCAUGGCGUUCCGCAAGCGCUUCGGCGAGACGCUCCAUCGCGCCGCGCAGAGCACGCAGGAGUCGGCGGCCGAGGACCAGAUCGACUGCGUGAAGCUGCUGGUGCGCUCGAUUCGCACGUUCAUGAUCACGUACGCAUACUACGGCGAGGACUACAAGUCGCACGCGCGCUCGCUCGCGUUCUUCCGCUCGAUCUCCAAGAUGUACGCCAAGCAGCGGCUGCACCCGCGUAUCUUCUGGAUCCGCCGUGCCGCGCACUACCACAGCAGUCGCGCUCGUCUGGCGUCGUUCCACCGCCGCCGCACUGCGCUCGACGAUGCGCUCAUUGCCGAUGUGCUCGAGCUGUGCCUGUCCAACUACGUCGGCAUCCGCAAGACGGCCCAGGGAGCGCUCGGCGAGAUUGCCUCGUACUACGACGGCACGCGCGUCCUUUGCCUGCCGAAGCUGCUCGACGCGGUGAAGCUCACGGCCGCACAAGGCACGAGCGACAAGAGCGACGACCGCUUCAAGGGCGCGCUCUACGUGCUCGGCAGCAAGGGCAUGAUGAACAUGUGUGUCGUCGACGCACGCUUCACGACGCGCUACAUUCUCGCGCUGCUCUCGGCGCAGAACCACUCGAAGCCGUCGAUCCAGAAGCUCGUGCGCAUCAACCUUGAGAACGCCCUGGCGCGCUUCCACUCGCCGAUGCGCAUCCAGCUGCAGUCGGACGAGCUCGACGAGGCGCUCUCGCUUGCCGAGCAGGUGCCGCAGUACGAGGCCGUUGGCGCGGAAUUGCUCGACGCGGUGGCGACACGGCGCACGCAGCGGCUGGACACCAUCAACAGCAUGCAUGCGGAGCUGACGCCUCGCUUGCUCGAGCUGGCCAAAGCGCCCGAGACGCACUGGGCGUAUGCGCUGGUGGCGCUACGCCUGCUCCGUGCAAUUGGCGUUCGCAGCGAUCAGCCGCUGCAUGCCGGCCUCGCAGCCUAUCUCGGCAGCCAGGUGAUCAGCGAGAACCCCAAGACGCGCCGAUCUGCGCAGCUAGCCGUCACGAAGGUCCUGUACACGCUCAAGCUCCGCUCGCUGUGCAAGGACGACGCGGCCCUCGUCGCCGGCGAGCCCACGAACCCGCUCAAGCACGAGGAGCAGCUGCCGCUGCCAGUGUCGCGCGAGUGGAACGACGCACACUGGGCGAGCUUCGCCGAAGGCUCGAUGGAGCCCGGCGUCCGCCUCUUCGACAAGACGACGUCCGGCUGGCUGGUCUGGGGCAAGAAGCUGUCGUACUACUCCGCGCCGCCGGAGGACGUGCCGGCCUUCGCCUGGGAGGAGGCCUCGAUGGGCGCCGUCGACGCGCUGCGCGAGUGCAUCCGCAGCGAGGCGUGGUGGGAGUCCUUUGCGCGCCACCUCAGCCAGGAGAAGGACCGCGACUACCUCAGCGGCGAGAGCGUCGACCUCAUCAAGUCGCUGUGCCAGGUCUUCGGCGCCGAGGUGCUGCCGAAUCUGCAGCCGCGCGUGCUCGCGCUCAUUGGUCAAGCCGACCGACAUGGCCACCGCGCCGCCGGCGAGCUGCUCGGCGGCUGCCUGCGCGGCUCCAAGCACUGGCCGCUCAAGGCGCAGCGCGAGCUCUGGAGCUUUGUGUCCGACCUCCUGCCCCGCAUCUUCCGCGAGAGCACACCCGACAGCCAGCCGGCGUGGCAGAUGAUGGUCGAGCACUGUCUCAGCGGCCGCGACCCUCGCCGUUCUGCACCGCUGCUGCACUUCGCUAUCGAGGCUGCGCGCGAGGCUCUCGGCGAGGACGCCACGGGUAUCAGCCCGUGGGAGCAGUCGAAGCGCCUCGGCAUGCUGCGCGGCGUGGAGCGCUCGCUCGGCACCAAGUUCUUCGCCUGGGCCUCCGAGUUCACACAGCUCUACACGGACGCGCUCUCGUCCGACUACGCCGAGGUGCGCAUCAACAUCAGCGAGGGCCUGGUGGACCUCGACCUGCUGCGCGUCUCGCCGUCAUUCGGAAGCGUGCCGCUGCUGCUCGACUCGUGCGCGACGGGCUCCGGCUCGCUCUUCGCGAAACCGGAGGUGUACGCGGGCCGCUUCGCCAAGAUCCAGGCGGCGCUGUCCGAGUGGCGUCCGCAGCGUGUGCCGAUGGCCACCGGCACCUCGAAGUACGACCGCGGCGCGCUCACGACACUGAUGUGGAUCAGCGCCUCGAUGGGCGACCACCGCGUCUCUGCGCUGCCGGACCUUGCCAUCGACUUCCUGCCGCACAUCUUUGAGAUGCUCGAGCUGCAGGACAACGUCGAGCUGCAGGCGACGGCACGCCGCGUGCUGUACCGCAUGGCCUGCUUCCCGUGGUCGGCGGCCAGUGCCGCACGCUUCGUCUCGGCGCUGCUCUCGGUGGUGCGCGCCUCGCGCGAGUCGUGGCGCACGCGGCUGGAUGUGCUGCCGGUGCUGCAGGUCGCCUUCUUCCAGAAUCUGUUCAGCCUCGAGCAGGCGGCGAUCCACGAGAUCGUCGAGCUGCUGUUCGAGCUGCUGGCCGACGCGCAUCUCGAGGUGCGCGAGAUGGCCGCCACGACGCUCGGCGGCAUCGUGCGCUGCAGCCAGCGGCAGAUCAUCGCGACGCUCCGCAAGCGCUUCACCGCCACGAUCCUGAGCGUGCAGCUGCCCAAGCGUAGCGACGCGGGCUUCGCGGCGGCGCUGCUGAAGCUGCACUCGGGCAUCCUCGGCGUGACGGCGCUGCUCUCGGCAUUCCCUUACGAGGUGCCGAGCUGGAUGCCCGCCCUGAUCUGCGAGACACUCGUGCACCACGACGACUCGCCGCCGCCAGUCUCGACGACGGUGCGCAAGGCGGCCGCCGACUUCAAGCGCUUUCACCAGGACACGUGGGAGCAGGACGCGCCGCUCUUCGGCGACCGGCUGAGCGAGGUGUCCGAGUGGGCUCGCGGCAGCUCGAGCUACUUUGCAUAGAGAGGCCACGGCCGCGACCAUGUAGCAUGAGCACCGCGUAAUGAGACUCCGUAGACAGCAGAGGGUGUCACGGGAGGCAGCGGCGCUAGCUUCCACCGUCGUGGUCCGAGAGCCGGAGCAAGGCACUCGUCCAUCGCAGCCGAGUUCCUGCUUAUU